AUGCUGACCAACGAACCAAGGAGUCAGUGGGUUCACCCAAUUGUCUCUCAGCGGAGCAGGAACUUCCACAUGCUGUACAUGGAUUUGCGACAGCAUCCUGAGAAAUUUAAUGGGUUUUGUCGUAUGGCUGUGAGCAGUUUUGACAUUUUGUUAGCGUCUCUUCGCUCUUGCCUCACCUACCAGGACACAAAUAUGAGGUGCCGCAUUUCUCCAGAAGAACUGCUCAUCGUUACGCUGAGGACUUUAACAUCAAAAUGCCUGGUGGACAAAAUGAGUACUAACCACAGCUCUGUAACAAAUUUUAUUCUCCUGGGUUUCUCCCUUAGCAAGCAAACUCAGCUAUUUUUAUUUAUAUUGUUCCUAAUUAUCUACUCCAUGACUCUGAUGUCCAACCUUCUUGUCAUCACCUUAGUGACAUUUCAGAGAUCACUUCACAAACCCAUGUACUUCUUCAUUGGAAACUUUUCUUUCUUAGAAAUGUGGUAUACUACUGUCACUGUUCCCAGGAUGCUUAAAGAUUUAGCAACCGGAAAUAAAACAAUCUCCUCCAUUGGGUGUAUUUCCCAAUUUUAUUUUCUCUUCUCUCUUGGAGCCACACAACAUUUUUUAUUAGCUAUAAUGGCUUAUGAUCGUUUUUUGGCUAUUUGCUUUCCUUUGAGAUAUACCAAUCUCAUGUGCAGGUCCACCUGUGGGAAGCUUGCAGCAGCAUCUUGGAUUGCAGGUUGGUUAUCCAUUUCAUUGCCAGCUGCUAUGAUGUCACAGUUAGUCUUCUGUGGACCAAAUAUAAUGGACCACUUCUUCUGUGAUUUCAGUCCUCUGUUACAAUUGUCCUGCACUGAAACUUGGUUAAAUGAGAUUAUAUUUUCUGCUGUGGCAUGGACAGUAAUUCUUGGUUGCUUUUUCUUUACUUUUAUGUCUUAUAUCUCAGUAGUUACUGCCAUCUUAAGAAUACCAUCUUCCAUUGGUCGCCAAAAAGCAUUUUCUACUUGUGCAUCCCAUAUUGCAGUUGUUGGCAUAUUUUUUGGCACAGUCAUUUUCAUGUAUAUACGCCCAAAAGCUAAGAAUUCUUCCCCAAUUGAUAAAGUGGUCUCAGUGUUUUAUUCUGUUGUAGUUCCCCUUCUAAAUCCUAUGAUAUACAGCCUAAGAAACAAAGAGAUGAAAAAUGCUCUGUGGAAAGCUGUAAAUAAAUUAAAAAGAACAUGA